AUGUCCCGUUUGGACCGCCUUGUGGUGCUUUUGGAAACGGGGUCAACGCCGUACAUUCGCAACACCGCGGCGGACCAGCUUUCCGACUUGGCCAAAGGCCAUCCCGAAGAGAUCAUCAACUUGUUGGGCAGAGUGUACCCUUUCUUGAAAGCAGAAAAAUGGGAGACGAGAAUUGCAGCAGCAAAAGCGUUUGGCGGCAUUGUGAGCCACGCACCGUUGUGGGAUCCCAACUCAGAGGAGGCCAUCGAGAAGGAGAAGCAGUUGCAACACAUUGAAGAGGCCAAUACGGCCACGCGAGGUCCUGAGCCCAAAGUGAAGCUAGAAGAGGAAGUGAAGCUAGAACAGGACGAAGAAUUGAAGAAAUUGGACGAGAACUUGCUGACCCUAGUAAAGUUCGAGUCGUGGAACUUGCAUGAGCUUCUCAAAUCAGGUAAGAAGCUUCUAGCGUCGGGAGGAGCAGAGUUCGAACCUAAGAAGCCCAGCGUAUGCGAGAAAAACGAAGAUUCACUACUAGGCAAACUCAAGCAGCAUAAGUCCUUGAUUAAAGAGGAGGAUAUAGACGGGCCAAGAAAGCCACAAGUGGUUUCUGCUCCAAGCAUCAAAACUGAGGUGAAAGAAGAGCAGCCUCCUUCACAGCCGCUGUCCCCCCCUCCAUCUGAUAGCGGCAAAUCCGCAGCUGCCAGUGCCCGUUUGAAAGCCAUGCAGAAGCGCCGAGCUAAGGCGAACGCUAAAUCCAGCGCUAAUAAGAUCGCGCCGGUCGACCUCUCGCAAUCCUCAAUUUCAAGAAAACUAGUUGAGGAUGGUGAAACUGACGGCAAAGUGAAGUCGGAAGACUCUCCGCUGUUCGACAUAACGUCCCAGCAAGGAGGCUCCAAAUUGGUCAUGGAGAGCAAAGCACCAGAGUUGUCGCCGCUCCUAUCGCAACACGCCAAGGUUGCUGGUUUAGUCUGGCAAUUUCAAGGCGUUUACGAGCUUUUAUUGCACGAUCUCUUCGAUGAGAAAUGGGAAGUCAGACAUGGAUCAGCGCUAGGACUCCGUGAACUCAUCAGAGUACACGGUAAAGGUGCAGGUAGGGUAAUGAGAAAAAGCCGUGCUGAAAAUGACGCCAACAAUGCUGCAACCCUAGAGGAUCUUUCUGUCAGGCUCUGUACUCUUUUCGCUCUCGAUCGCUUCGCUGAUUUUGUGAACGAUACUGUGGUUGCGCCUGUCAGAGAGUCUGGUGCUCAAACAUUAGCUGCCCUACUACUCCACUUAGAUGAGAGGUCAAUAUUAGAGACAUUCAAGUGUCUAAAUUCUUUGGUUUUACAAGACCUUCCAGGUGGUUUAGAAACACGGAAAUGCUGGGAAGCAAAGCAUGGCGGUAUGUUAGGUGUGAGAUACUUUGUGAGUGUCAGAACUGACGUGCUUCUUGUGCAUCCUGAACUUCUAGACUCAGUGGUUUCCAUGGUUUUACAUUGCCUAAAGGAGAGCGAGGAUGAUGUUCAAUCGGUUGCUGCAUUGACUUUGGCUCCAAUUGCCACAGAGUUUGUGAAGCAAGGCACAGACGUUAUCAAAUCACUUCUUGACGUUGUUUGGGAUUGUCUCAUGAACUUCGAGGACGACCUCUCUGCUUCCAUUGGCUCCGUGAUGGAUCUUUUAUCAAAAUUAUGCACCCACCGUCAAGUUAUUGAAAUAAUGCAAGCGGAGGCAGCCAAGGAGUCUGAGAACUCCUUCGAGAAUUUGAUUCCCAAACUUUUCCCUUUUUUAAGACAUUCAAUUACAAACGUGAGAAAAGCAACUCUCACAACUAUGCUAGAAUUCUUGUCCAUCGAAGACGAUACCACUAAGCUAUGGAUUACGCCGAGAGCAAUGCGUUUGAUCCUUCAGAACCUUUUAGUGGAGCAAAAUCCUGAGGUUUUGAAGCUAUCCCAGUCGGUAUAUGAUAGAAUGCUCAGAAACAUUGCAGAGAAUUCACAUCUCAAGAAAGUUGAUCACUACAUCGCCCCCCACAUGAAGGCCAUCUUGACGCUACUCAUGACGCCCAUUGGUAUUGCUAGACAUAAUUAUCAUCUCAAUACCAGCCUCAUAAUCAAACCAAAUGGCACCACGUUCGAGAGCAAUCCCAGGCAAGACUCGCCCUCUGAAUCGGACGUUUUUGAGCCCGCCAAUGGCGAUGCUCCACAGCCACCCAAAAGGGGUAGAAAGAGAAAAUCAGAUGACAAAGCGAAAACCCUCAAUCCUACCGCUGAUGAGCUCAAAAUCAAUAUUGAUGCACCUGUGCACAAUGGUGAUGUUAUGUUUGUUGGGUUUGAUAUCUUCAUCGCUACAAGAACUGCAUUGGCUAAGGCGAUCGGCUUAACCCUCUCAUUUAUGGAAGACAAAGAGCUUCUCAAUAGUGCCUUCGAGAGCUUUAUGCUCUAUAUCAAUUCACCUCAUGUCACACCUCGUUUAUUUACAGCUAUUGUCAUUGAAGAGUACGCCAAUACUCUGAAGUUGCUUGAGAGACCAAUUUCAAGUGACGCCACGGAGAAAUUUUCGGCCGUGUUCUUGGAGACUCUCACUACUCCUGAAAAGCUCCCCUUUUUCCGUGAACUUGUUCCUAAGCUCAAAAGUGUGAGGACCUCUUGUCUUCAGCUUUUUGACGUCUUUGUUACUCACGGCAAGCUAUCAUCAAGCAAACUCCCGCAACUUCCUGUCAUUGUUCAAGGUGAAAGCGACGCUGGCCCUGGCGCUUUCAGCAUCGAGAGUGCCGAGAAGCUUUUGAGCGACACUUACCCCAAGCUCACUAAGAGUUUGUCAUCGUCCUAUAGAAUUCUGGCCAAUCUGGCUUUAGAAGAUUCCAAGCAUCGUAUUCAACUAGCUUUGAAUGAGGCAAAACUUGCUUUGACACAAAGAACAACCAGUGUUUUAGCCGCCUAUGCUGCGGCUGUCCUUGCCUUGACAGGUGUGCCGAAGAAACUUAAUCCAAUAAUAAGAUCACUUAUGGACAGCGCUAAGCAAGAAGAAACCGAAUUAUUGCAGAAGCGAUCUGCUAAAUCAAUCGCAGCUUUGAUUGAUCAACUCAAACAUGCUAAUAAAGUUGGUGCAGCAGAUAAGAUUUUGAAAAAUCUCUGUUCAUUCCUAUGUGUGGAUACAUCCGAAGUUCCAGAAUUCAUACAUAAUUCGAACUUCAGAGACAUUAUUCUUUCGCUCAGAAAGGAAGAGGCAAAAACAGAUCCUGCUGACAUUGCUGCGCACGAGAAGGCCGUACAAGAGGCAAGAGUUAAAAGGAACGGCGCUUUGCUUGCGAUGGAUGAAGUCAUCAGCCUCUACAACAAAGAUAUAUUCACAGAACUCCCCAAACUCAAGGAGAUUCUUUUCGGCUCGUUGGACUCGAUGGAGUCCGUUACCACAGAUGAUAUGACUAAGGAUAAUGUUUUGGGUCAAAGUAUUGUCGAUGCUCUAGGUGUAUUACGAGCUUUGCUUCCCAAAUUGAGCCCUAAUCUCUACCCAGAAGUGACCGAGCACCUUCCUAGAUUGCUCGCGGGUCUUAAGUCUGAACUUAGUGUUUUCCGGUACUCAUCCGCUAAAUGCUUUGCUACAAUUUGUUCGGUGAUGCCUGCCAAGGCAUUUCCAUUUUUGGUCCGCAACAUCAUCCCUAUGCUCAGUAAUGCUGGUAAGUUUCGUGAGCGUCAAGGUGCCACAGAAGCCAUUUACCAUGUAUCUAAUGCCAUGGGUGCGGAAAUUCUUCCAUACAUUGUGUUUCUUAUUGUACCGGUUCUUGGUAGAAUGAGUGACGCUGAUCAUGACGUUAGAAUCCUCGCAAGCACUACAUUUGCUUCGAUUAUAAAGCUCGUGCCAUUAGAAGCUGGUAUACCUGAUCCUCCAGACAUGCCUCAAGAUCUUUUGGAAGGAAGAGAUAGAGAAAGAGAGUUCAUCCAGCAAAUGAUGGACCCCACAAAGAUCAAACCAUUCGAGCUUCCAGUGGCUAUUAAGGCGACCUUGCGUAAAUACCAGCAAGAAGGUGUCAAUUGGUUGGCUUUCUUGAACAAAUAUCACUUGCAUGGCAUCUUGUGUGAUGAUAUGGGAUUGGGAAAGACAUUGCAAGCUAUAUGUAUAAUUGCUUCCGAUCAUCACAUGAGAGCCGAAAAAUUCAAGGAGACGGGUGCUGAUGAAUUUAGAAGAUUACCGUCAUUAGUUGUUUGUCCUCCUUCAUUGACUGGUCAUUGGGAGCAAGAAUUCAACCAGUAUGCUGAGUUCAUGAAAAUAGUCGUCUAUGCCGGCGGUCCAUCGACAAGAGCUAAUCUCCGUCCACAAAUACCAACAGCCGAUGUUGUUGUUACAUCGUACGAUGUGUGCCGUAACAAUAUUGACGUUUUAUCCUCUCAUUCCUACAACUACUGUGUGCUAGAUGAAGGUCAUAUAAUCAAGAACUCGUCAUCUAAGUUGACGAAGUCGGUGAAAAGAAUCAAGGCUGAGCAUAGACUUAUUUUGUCUGGUACUCCUAUUCAGAAUAACGUUUUGGAAUUGUGGUCAUUGUUUGACUUUUUGAUGCCUGGUUUCUUAGGCGUCGAAAAGAUAUUUAUUGAAAAGUUUGCAAAACCGAUAGCUGCGAGCCGAAACAGUAAAACAUCAUCCAAAGAACAAGAAGCGGGUGCCUUGGCCUUAGAAUCUCUUCACAGACAAGUGCUCCCGUUCAUGCUUAGACGUUUGAAGGAAGAGGUCUUGUCAGACCUUCCUCCAAAAAUUAUUCAAGAUUAUUACUGCGAGCUCUCAGACUUACAGAAAAAGCUUUAUAAAGAAUUUGCGAAGAAACAGAAGUCCGUUGUCAAGGACGAAGUCACCAAGGAGGAUGAACCCAUGGAAUCCUCUAAUGAAUCACCCAAGACGCACAUUUUCCAAGCUUUGCAGUAUAUGAGGAAAUUGUGCAACCACCCAGCUUUGGUGAUCACUCCAAAUCACCCACAAGCAGCUGAAGUUGCAUGUUAUCUCGCGAGCAAGAAGUCUGAUCUUAGAAGCAUAGAGCAUGCGCCGAAAUUGAAGUCUUUGAAGAACCUUUUACUCGAGUGUGGUAUUGGAGUGGGAGACAGUGAAUAUGCGAACUCAAAGGGAAAGAGCAAACUGAAACAGCAACAACAACUUGUCUCCUCUGAGGGUGUGAUCUCCGAACAUAGGGCACUCAUAUUCUGUCAGCUCAAAGACAUGGUAGAUAUUGUUGAAGAAGAGCUCCUCAAGAAGAAUAUGCCUUCAGUCACAUACAUGAGACUUGACGGUAGAACCGACCCUCGAGACAGACAGGCAAUUGUGAGGAAGUUCAAUGAGGAUCCCUCCAUUGAUGUAUUGUUACUCACCACCAAAGUUGGUGGACUUGGUCUUAACUUGACUGGUGCUGAUACCGUCAUUUUCGUUGAGCAUGACUGGAACCCUAUGAACGAUCUUCAGGCCAUGGACAGAGCACACCGCCUUGGUCAAAAGAAAGUUGUCAAUGUAUACAGAUUGAUUACAAAGGCAACGCUCGAGGAGAAAAUUAUGGGCUUGCAAAAGUUCAAAAUGAACAUUGCGUCUACAAUUGUCAACCAGCAAAAUGCUGGAUUGGCCCUGAUGGACACUAAUCAGUUGCUUGAUUUGUUCGAUGUCGAUGAGCAGAGCACCAAGAUUGAGAACGGCAACGACGACAAGAAAGAAAAGAAGGUACCGGACGAAUUGAUUGGAGGCGGGAUUCCUACAGAAGCAGUCGGUGAACUCGGCCAACUUUGGGACGAAUCCCAGUACGAGGAUGAGUACAAUCUCGACAACUUCAUCAAGACACUUAAGUAA